CACAGGAAGAUACAAGCAAACGGACCAAAAAAAAAGCGUCAGAGGAAAGAAAGAUGGCGGUGCUCAUGUUAAGAGGUUGUUACAGAAUGCCAUCAACAUUUAGCUUUACUCGUCUGUUUUUAAGUGGAAGUGUUAUCCUAAACCGGCCCGGUAAACUGCGCCUUCCCUCUCCACCACCCGCCGCUGUGGCAGCAGCGAUCCGCCACUACAGUUCCGACCGGGGCGGACAGAAGCAGAAGAUGGUGGUUGUCGGCAUCCCGAAUCCCUUCCUUUGGUUUCGCACCAGAAUAUACUACUUUCUGAUCAGGGCUUACUUUGAUAAAGACUUCAGCUUUGAGGAAUUCACGGAGGGAGCGAAGCAGGCCUUUUCGCAUGUCUCCAGACUGUUGUCACGGUGUCAGUUUGACGCUUUGGAGGGACUUGUGGCUAAAGAUUUGAUUGAAAAGCUUGAGGAAAAAUGCAAAUUUCUGCCAUCGAACCUUAAGAGAGCUCUCUGUGCAGACUCUGAUGAUAUCAUGUACACAACGCCUGGAGAUGUGGGGAUCUACUACGACGACAACGGGAGAAAGUUUGUUAGUAUUCUGAUGCGUUUCUGGUAUCUGACGAGUGCGCGAAUUCCUGACGACGGCUUGGAAGGAACCCGCGUGUUCCAGAUAGCCACUGGUGAAGAAGGAGAAGCGGAAACCAAGAGACUGCUAACUGCAAAUUAUGAGUUCCAACGGGAGUUUACUAAGGGAGUGCCUCCAGACUGGACCAUUACGAGGAUAGAGCACUCCAAGCUUUUGGAUUGAGGUGCUUUUGAUUUGAGGCCAAUGGAAACUAGUCAAAGACACAAAAAUCUUCUCAGUAUUUUCUUUAAUUGGACUGAGUUUAGAGAAUUGGCUGAAGAGGGAAGUCGAGACACACCACCUCGCCAGGAAGUCGGAGGGAAGCACCAAGAAAAACUUUGAUUCAUCCACUACUUACUGCUGGAAACCCACAUGGGCCAAACACUUGGAUACACAUAGGUCACACCAAUACUGGUCAGGACUCUCUGCAGUAUAUCAGUGUUUCAGUUGGUUUUCUUCAUCAUUUCUGAUACCCCCACCCCAGUGAAACUUCACAAAGAUCAGAACUUGACAAGGUGUGUGAACUCUUGCUGUGGAAGGAUUUGUACAUUCACGAAUGGGGUCAGAAUAAUCAAAUACGAUUUACAAACAAUUUGUGAUUUUCAAAAAUCCACUUUUGUCUGGUAAAUUAUUCCCAUGUAGUGUUUGUCUGUGUACGGCUGUGUGGUGUAAAGCUGUUGAAAUGCAAUGUGACAGAUUUGUUUCCACAGGAAAAAAAACGAUUUAUUUUCCCCACAUAAUAUUUGACGGGUGACCUGCACUCACGUGACCCUGAAGUAUAUGAUGUAUACAGUAUGUACUGUAUAUAUCAUGUGUGUUUGUAAGGGUUAAGGCAGCUUGAUGCAUCUGCAGCAGACCUGUGAUUGUUUUAUUAAAGAACGGAAAACUCA